CGCCGCAGUGCGCAGGCGCGCACCGUCUCCGUUUCCCUCCUCGCAGCCCGGGCCCCCUCCUCUCCCCUUCAAGGAGCCGGCUGCGGGGCGCGCUCACCCCGCCAGGAGGGGCAGCCGCACUCGGAGGCGCGCUCCCCGCUCCCGGAACACCAUGUACCAACCCAGCAGGGGGGCGGCCCGGCGCCUGGGCCCGUGCCUCCGCGCCUACCAGGCUGGGCCCCAGGACCAGCUUUCUCCACGGGCUCUGCCAUUCCCACCCCUGUGGCCCCACUCCACGACUUCCACUUCUCCCUCUUCUCUGCUGUGGUCUCCCGCACUCUCAUGGCCGCCUGCUGGGCUGCUUCCCCGAGCUCCCCCGCUACCUCUCCCUCAGGUCCACGCCCUCAGCUCACCCUGGGCCAGUCUCCCUCCAGGAAAGGGGGAGGAGGGGCCAGGCCCUGAGUUGCAUAGUGGCUGUCUGGAUGGGCUUCGGAGCCUACUUGAGGGACCUUCGUGCCCCUACCUUGGGGCUGUGCUGUCUUUCCAAGCCCCUGUGACUGCCCGCCCUUCCCCUGCCACUCCAUCAGGAGACCCCAGUAUGGAGGAGCACCUGGCUGUCAUGUAUGAGAGACUGAGGCAAGAGCUUCCCACUCUCUUCCUUCACUCCCAUGACUACACCCUCUACUCCUCCGACGUGGAGUUCAUCAACGAGAUCCUGCACAUACGCACCAAGGGCCUGACGUGGUAUAUCCUGUCGCUGACCCUCUGCCGCUUCCUGGCCUGGAACUAUUUUGCACAAGUUCAGUUGGAGGUGCUGCAGUUGACCCGCCACCCUGAGAACUGGACCCUGCAAGCCCGCUGGCGGCUGGUGGGGCUACCCAUCCACAUGCUCUUUCUGCGUUUCUACAAGCGCGACAAGGAAGAGCUCUACCGCUUCUCUUCCUUCACCAGGACCUACGAUGCCUAUUCCACUUUCUACCUGAAUUCCAGCGGCCUCAUUUAUCGCCACCGCCUAGACAAAUCACUUCCUCCGGGCAGUUGAUGCCCUCACACUCACCCCCAAUGCCUGUGAAGAAGCUGCUUGUGGGAGCCCUGGUGAUGCUGGGGCUGUCAGAGCCAGAAGCCAACUUACACCUGUGACCCAAGGCCUCAUCCAGGAACGGGUGGGGCAGCACUGAAAACUGCUGCAUACGAGAGGUGGGCUGGCCAGUUUCUUCCUGCUCCUCCCUCCCUCCUCGCCAUCUCCUGCUGUGGAAAGCUGCUGUGUAAUUUAACUUGUAAAUAAUAAAGUCUAAAGUGAAAGUAUGA